AUGAUCCUGCGCUUUGCCUUCUUCAGGGAUUGGAUUGAUGGUGGCAUUCCCAUUGCCUAUUGGAUCUCGUCCUUCUACUUCCCACAGGGCUUCCUGACCUCCGUCCUGCAGGGCUAUUCCAGAAGCAACAUGAUCCCGGUGGAUCAGUUGUCCUUUGAAUUUGUGAUGCAGGACACCAGUGACCCUCAUGAAUUGGAAGGCGCUCCGGAGGAGGGUAUCUACAUCCAUGGGCUCUUCAUGGAUGGCGCGGCAUGGAGCUAUGACGACAUGGCGAUCGACGACCAGGAGUUCGGCACCAUGUUCGUGAAGUCUCCAAUCAUCAACUUUAUCCCUUGGAAGGCUGAGCUUGUUUGGGAAAAGUAUCGCUGCCCGAUUUACAAGACCUCCAUCCGGGCGGGCACGCUGUCCACCACUGGCCAUUCAACCAACUUUGUCUUGGCCAUUGAGGUGGAAACACUCAUGGAUCCCUCCUACUGGACCCUGAAGGGAGCUGCCAUGCUGACGAUGCUCAAUGACUGA